AUGGUCUUUUUAGAAACGCCUCCGGAAAAGGCAGCACCCUGCGCAGCGGCAGCGACUGUCUCCGCUGAAACUUUCGCAGCAGCCGGCACUUUUAAAUUCAUGGCAACGGAGAUAUGCGACGGCCAGCAAGCCGCUAAAGACCUUUCUCGGCGUGUAGAAGCAGCAGACGAAGAACCAGCUGCAGGGGUGUCGGAUACAUCGGCAUGCGCAGAAACGGCAGGCGCAGCAGCAGCGCAAGCCGAAGCGCGCCACGCAGCAGAAAUGCUGCUGGACUGGACGGAACGAUACAGACUGCGGAGUCGCUGCCCGCUGCGGCGCCAGCAGCUCGUGCAGCAGCCGUGCAAUCUGCAUCAGGUGUUGUUUCAGCAGACGAUCGACAUUGUCGACGCUUCCCUUGACGCUCUGGCCUUUCAGACUGGCCACAUACAGCGGCAACUGGCUCUGCAUCAGAAGGAGGCGCAGCAGCACAGACCGUCGUGCCCUGUUGCGGCUGCUGCCGCGACAGCGCGAGAAGAAGCAGCCGCCGCUGCUGCCGCUGCUGCUCUAGAGAGCGACGUGGAAGCUUUGCCUCGAAAGCGUGUCAAGAAGAAAGGCGGUAGCUCGCAACAGUCAAGCAGGGACCCCCUCGCCGCUGCAGAUCGGCAUCCCCUGGACGAGUUUCUUCGCUCUGCGCUUUAUUUGCGCCAGCAGACGCCGUGGCAGCGCUGCACCUGCGAAUCCGCUGGAGAUGCAGCUGAAGCAGCAGCGCGCGGAGAAGACGUUGCGUCUCCUGGAGGCGCGGAGACAGAGGAAAUUUACGGAAAUCGCUACCUGAUUGACGAGGUGCUGCCCCCUCCCUGUGCAGCCUCCCCCCCGCGUCAAGCGUAUACCGCCUUCCCACCUCCUGCAGCGGCAGCCGUUCCUCCGCUUCGGCUGCUGCGACCACCUGCAGUGCACCAGAGUCUUACGGGGUUCUCCUCCUACGCUGAGCUUUCCGUGGCAGACGCAAGGGCAGUUCGCUGUUGCAGCAGCACGAGCAGCAGAGAUCCCAAGCCUCUCAAGCUGCCGCUCCCGGCUGUCGCCACAGCAGCCCCCCCCCCGCUAAAGCACUUGCAGAUUCCCCGCCUGGAUCGGUGGCUAGAGCGACUGCAGCUUUAUCGCGCAGCUGUGCUGGCGCAGGAGAACGGAACGCGUGCAGCAGUCGCCACUGCGACAGCAGAGCAGGGGCGGGGGCAGCAGCAGGAGCUCGCCGCUCGCCAGGCUCCAACGGAAGGCGCUGUUGGCGAUUCAGCGAGAACAACGGAUCCACCCGGAUACCACGUUGCAGUGGUGGGGGGAGGCAUUGCCGGCCUAACGGCGGCAGCAGUGCUGCGGGUUUUUGGGGUGUCCGUUCUGCUCGUUGAGGCGGGGGAGACACUGGGGGGACGUGUCAGGACGGCAGCUCUAAAGGGUCGACAAGCAAGUCUGGAGAAGACGGCGACAGCAGCGGAGGCGCAGCGACUGCUGCAAGAGCAGCAAGACCUCAAGAGGCUCAUGCUGCCCUCGAAAAGGCCUCAGAAGAAACGCGACAAAGUAGCAGCUGCGCGUUUUUGGCACUACGUUGCCAAAAGGGAGGGUGGGGAGGAGCGGCAGCCGUGCGCUGUCGAAGACACAGGAGUGAGGCGCUCUUCUCGACGCGCGGCUGCUGCGGCAGCGGCGCAGGCUGAGAGAGACGAGCUCGCGGCUGCCAUCGCAGAGUCGGCAGCGGUUGCAGCUGCGGCACGAACGUCGAAGACGGAAGCAGCAGCAACGGAGGCGAGGCUUGAGGGCGGUUCUGCGGCUGCGGUGUCUUUUGGCUCUGUUGCUUCGAGGCGUGCCGAGCCUGAAGCAGCAGGAGAAGGGAAGACGUCCGUGGAGCAGGGUGCUGCAGGCGAAGAAGAAGCAGCAGCGUCUUCCAGGGUAGGCGUGGACUUGGGGGCUAACUGGCUUAUGCGCGAGCGCAGCAGUCCGCAGUUUGUGUGGCGUCUAGCCAACAGACUUGGUCUCCCCUCGGUAGGCUUCUGGGGUAACUGGAGACACCGCUUCAACUGCAAAAGGAGGCGCAGAGCGUCGACGCGCAGCCGAGGCAGCAGCAGGAAGCGCGGAGAAGCGACUCUUGCCGAUAAAAGGCCUUCUCGCGGGGAGCGAGAGGAUGAGGGCUGGAGCGACGCUCAGGCAAGCGGCGUUGAGGGGGGAGGCGGCGGGUGGGAACCCUUGGUGCAUGCGACGCAGUGGAGAGACCGUCAAGGACGCGUCGUACCAGCGGCGCGUGUGGCGUUUCUGAAGGAUUUGCAGGAUGCCACGCUGGUAGCUGCGGCAAUGAGCCGCAGGGCAAGGCUUAGGGCGGUGCUUAGAGCGGCCAACUCGCACGCGAGAACUGCCGGCAGGAGGCGCGUGCAGCAGCAGGGACGAGAGGGCAAGCCGCCAGCACGGGAGUGGGGGCAGCCGGAGCAGCAGCAGCUGCAGCAGCAAGACCACGUUGCAUGCGGAGGCACUUCCAGGAAGGCUGAUGACUCCGACAUAGCGGUAGACCCCCGUGCUGCAGGCGGAGGGGCACCCGACGAAGUCUCGGAUCUGCCGAAAGGAACAAACUCGUCAGACGACUUAGCGACGCCCUCUACAGUUUCAACAUCCGCGGCAGUAGCAGCCUCAGCAUCGUCACAAGCCUCUUCGGCCGCCACAGCAGCAGCUUCGCCUAGAAGCCUUGGAGCCGCUUUGCGCGGCGCCGUUCGCUUUAUCCUGGAAGAGCAACAGUCGCUCGGACUGCCAGACCCCCGCGAGCUCAACAACAGAGGUCUCUCAAAGGAUUGUUUCAUGGACUGUCGCGGUGGAACAAGCUUAGAUGCAACUGACGUAGAAAUCCUUUGGAAGAUGUUGCAGCGGUCUUUCGGCUACGUCUGUGGCUUCGACCGGCUGGGUGCUGAGCUCCCCGCCUACUCGUCACCUUCGGAGUCUGAAUCAGAUGCUGCAGCAGACGAGCAUGGAGCCGCGGCUACACACUGCCGGACGUUGCCGGCUGCUCCACGCGUUCGGCCUGCAACGGCACCAGUCGCCUCAGAAGAGGCUGCAGAAGCAACGGCAAAAAGGACGGUGACAUGUGCUGCGUCCCCAGUCAACAAGAGACGCUGCACUGCAGACGGCGGCGGCAGAUUACGACCCUUAAAGUCUUUUUCCAAAGGCGAAGGAAGCGCCAAAGGUGUUACAGCCGGUCCUGCGGCUGGAGGGCGUGCCUACGGGGGCACUGAGGACGUGCUUCGGUCCGGAGAAGAGCGGAGUGACCAAGGGCAAGAAAAACGCACGAAGAGACAGGAGAAACGGCAGCAUGCUACUAGGAAGCAACGCUCCAGAGAGCCUAUCUUCUCGUUUUUACGCGGGAAGGACUAUCAGCUCCUCGGCCGCUUGGAAACUGCGCGCUGUCUCCGCACGCGCGUAGGGCCCUCCCUAACGCCAUCCCCUCGCGACCGAAGGGCAGAGAACUUCGAUCGCUUGUUCAUUCAGGGCUACUCUUGGCUUUCUCGAAUGUUGGUAAGGGGCUUUGAUCUGUCAGGCUGCUGCCUGCUCGGCUGGCGGGUGCGGUCGAUCGAGCUGCUGAAGGAGGGAACGACUCCUAAGGCGGCGAGCUGUGGCCAGCGUGCUGACAGCUGCGUCGCCGUUCGCAGUCGAACGCCGAGCAGAUCGCCCUCCCCGUCAUCAGCGUCGUCUUCUUCACGCUCUCCCAGCCCCUCCGAGCGUUCCCCCAGGUUGGAUCGCGGAGACACGCACUCUCAACAAGAACGGGAGCAGCAGAGAGAGGCUGCACUCAGAGAAGCGUUGGCCGUUCUUGUUGAGGCUCUUCAGCAGCAACCUGGGGAAGGGUCUCCUAAGGGUGAGGACUCUAGUGCUGCAGCUGCGCCUGCAUUUGCUGCUGCUACAGAGGCGGCUGGUUCGGAUGCUGAUCACACGCUCAAAGGGUAUCCCUCCGUCCAGUGGCUUUCCCCAGACUAUAGCUUUGUUAGACUCAGACUGCAGCGCUACAGUGAGGACCCCACCUUGAAGGCUCUGCAAUUUGGCUUCCAAGGAGGGUCGCAUGCGCACAAUGAACAGCCCCAGCAAGCCCCCAGCUAUUUUGAUUCUCCGGCUGAGUCCGCGCAGCAGCAUGCACAGACGAAGCCUCAGCAAACGCGACAAGAUCCUACGCAGCAGCACAAACAGCAGCAGCAGCCCGAAGAAGAGUCCGUGUGGGCAAUGCGGGUGAUCGUUGCAGUUCCGAUCGGCGUGCUGCAGCGUGGAUCUAUUUCCUUCUCUCCGCCUUUGCCAGUGGAGAGACAGGUGGCUAUUAAUCACUGGGGUGCUGGAAGCCACAACAAAGUCAUCCUCAUUUUCAACGAGUCCUUUUGGCUGAAGGAAGGUGUGGCCUAUUUCUUUAAUCCUUCGUUUAGCAAGCGAUUCCAGUUCAUGAGCCUCGACGCUCUGGGGGUGAAGGGCUGCCUUGUUGCCCACAGCUUCAACUCGAAGGGAUGGCUCAAAGUGCGUAGAGAUAGAAAUAGACGGAUCCGACGCAUCUGCAUGCAGCAGCAACUGCAAGGAAGACGAAAUGGACAGACAGGCUGCGGGGCCAGAGAGACCACUGCGAGAUCACGGAAAGCAGCCCAGCAGGACAGCUUCUUGGAUUCACAGGAGAGACAGCAGCGUUGUGGCAGCGCGAACAGCACCAAUAAAAUCGGCAGCGACGGAGCAUGUCUGCAGAUCAAGGAGGACGGACCCGUUGAGGCGUGGGAGGUGAUUGACGAGUGCUGCCAUGUGUUGCAGCAAAUGUAUCAACUCCCGUCGCAGCCUCAGCCGUUGCAGGCAGUCGUUACACGGUGGGAUGAAGAUCCUCUUUUUCGUUGCGCCUAUGGCUACCCAUCGAAGUACGUUGAAGACGACGACCAAAGACAGAUGUCUUUGCCACUGCCCUGGUGCCCGAGCCACGCCACGGUGGCAGCAGCAGAUCCUCCACUCUUACAUCAAGCACUGCGUUUGUUGCAGCAGCAGAUGGAGCAGCUUCAUUCUCGACUCUCCAAUGGCCAGCCACGAGUGGGGGCGCAUGCACCAGGCACUUUCACUGCAGGAGCGGAACAGCCGCACGCAACUGCAGCAAUGCCAUCCCCCAUUACAGCAGCAGAGUGUAAAACAGCAGCGUUUGAGGGCAGCCUAAACGAUGCGCGCAUUUUCUUUUGCGGGGAGCACACGUCUGACUUUGGGCAGCAGUGCGUUCAUGGGGCUAUGCAUUCAGGUGUACGUGCAGCUGCUGAGUGUCUCGCUUCGUUGUUUGGCAUCGAUUCCCUACCCUGGACGCUCAGUACAUGGGGCCAAGGGGUCUGCGUACCUCCAGCGGUGCGCGUUGCAGAUUCAGGAUCCAACUCUUGUGCCUCCGCAGAAUCGCCGGUGCGACAAAAAUCGGCCAGCUAUUCGUCAGCAACAGGAGAAGCAUCCGGCACACCACAAGCGAGCUGCGCAAACGGAGAAGCUCACACAACAUCCCCAGCUGAUGUAGACGAGUGGCACACCUGGUGGUUCAGCAGCGACGCUUCAUUCUCAUGGGGACCCCAGGCAAGGGAUACACAUAGCGUGCCUUUUGAUACUGCACUGCAGUGCCCCAUCCCUAGAGAAGAACGCAAAAAGCGGCUACUUCAGCUGCUGCGCUCCUUACAGAAAACCCUUCGGGCUGCUGAGUGGGUACUGCUUGCUGCUACCAUUUUGGUGACCCUCUGCUUGCGCAGUGAGUGUCGGAACUGUGGAUUGUGGGAAGCUGGGAGUAGUGCUAUCGAUUCUAAAAUGAAGCAAAAAGGAGAACAGUGUUCUUAA